AUGGCCGCUGUUCACGACUGGGAGCGUCAGGCGCAAGUGUCCAGGGACAUACUCGCCCAAUCUAUUCCCAAGCAAUGGCUGCUUCCUACCGACAAGCUCCCAUCCGCAGAGCGAACAAACGUCCUCGACGUCCCCAGAGAGUCGGGCAUCUUGACGGAGAAGGAGCUCCAAAUUACGGAGACCGACGCGACGGGCCUCGUAGAGACCAUGGCCCGCGGAACAUGGACAGCAGAAGAGGUUCUCAUCGCCUUCUUGAAGCGCGCAACUAUCGGGCAUCAGCUGCUCAAUUUUGCCACCGAGUUCAUGGUCGAAGAUGCGCUUUCUCAGGCCCGAGACCUUGAUUCUCACUUUCGUCGCACCGGAGAGAUUGUUGGGCCGUUGCACGGCGUCCCAAUCUCGGUCAAAGAAAUGGUGUCUUUCAGAGGUCGGGUCACCAAUACGGGGUACGUCUCGUGGACGUCGUCCAAUGCCGCGUCCCAGGAUGCCUUGAUGAUCAGGUCCUUGCGCAAGGCAGGUGCUGUGUUCCAUGUCCGCACGAACCUACCACAAACAUGCAUGCAUCUGGACUGCAACAACAAUAUCACGGGCCGAACUCACAACCCUCACAACAUCCGUCUCUCCCCCGGUGGCUCGUCCGGGGGUGAAUCCGCGUCUAUAGGCUUCCGCUGCGCAGCCAUCGGCAUUGGAAGCGACAUCGGCGGAUCGAUCCGCCUUCCUGCCGCUUUCUGUGGCUGCUACGGCAUUCGACCGACUACUCUCCGUACUCCAUGGAACGGGGUCGGACUGGCGGGAGAAGGUCAAGAAGGAAUUCGCUGCACGUUGGGCCCACUUACCAACUCCUUACGUGACUUGGACCUGUUUAUGAAGGCUGUCACAGAUGGGAGGCCCUGGGAUGAGGAGACAUCACUAGUACCUUUGCCUUGGAAAGAGCGCGCACUCACCAAAGACAUCACCAUCGGCAUCCUGUGGGAUGACAUGAUCGUCCAUCCACAUCCGCCGGUUCAGCGAGCCAUGAACGAGGCGGUAGCGAAGCUGAAGAUGGCCGGCAUCUUAGUGAAAGACUGGAGGCCAUACAAGCAUGCUCACGGCAUGCGCAUCAUUAACGACUUGUUUUAUCCUGACGGCGCCGCUGCCCAGCUAGCCGCCCUCGAAGCCUCUGGCGAGCCCUGGCUCCCUCUCACCAAAGAAGCCUUCACCCGUGCCCGCAAGAUGACUGUCGCCGAGACCUGGACAGUCAAUCUGGAGCGUGAAACAUAUAGAACGGAGUAUCGCUCGCUAAUGGAGGAGCAAGGCGUUGAGUAUAUUCUUUGUCCAGCCUACCUUGGCGUUGCCGCCGCGCCCAACGAGGCGCGAUACUCGGCCUACACGGCUAUAUGGAACAUUCUGGACAUGCCCGGUGUGGUCUUUCCCAGCGGAUUGAAGGUCGACCCGCAUCUGGAUGGGAUAGAGACUGGGUACCAUCCACGAAGCGCGCAAGACGAGUUGGAGUACAGGGCGUAUGCGCCGGAGAAGUUUACGGACGCGCCCAUCGGCCUGCAGCUGGUCGGGAAACGGUUUUGUGAUGAGGAACUUGUCGCGGCAUCCAAGGUUCUUGAAAGUAUUAUUCGGUCAUCGUGAGGCUCAAAUUGCGAACCACAAAGUGAGC